GUCAUCGCCUCAGCUUCAACCACUCCGGCAGUACCUCAAUCAACUUUCCCGGUGUAUAUCUUCAAUCCCAACACCAUGCCCCACGCCGACUCCUCCUACUUCGGCCCCAAUGCCUCCAAAGACGAAGUCUACGCGCAAGUCGUCGACCAAGCCCGCGGUCUAGUCUACGGCCAGCGCAACUGGGUAUACAACUUCUCCAACAUCGCCUCCCUCCUCUGGCACGCCUACGCCGCGCUCCCUUCCCCAUCUUCCUCCGUAAACUGGGCCGGCUUCUACAUCCGCAGCGACAAGUUCCCGAUCUCCGCCCCCAGCAACAACGAAACCACCCCCAAGAAACUCCUGCUAGGUCCCUUCCAAGGCCGUCCCGCAUGUCAGGAGAUCCGCUUCGGAAAGGGCGUCUGCGGUACCGCGGCCGAGAAGCGCGAGACGGUCGUCGUGCCGGAUGUGCAUGAGUUCCCGGGCCAUAUUGCUUGUGAUGCGAGUAGUCGGAGUGAGAUUGUUGUGCCGGUUUUGGUGGGUGGGGAGACGAUUGCGAUUAUUGAUGUCGAUUGUACGGAGCCGAAUGGGUUUGAUGAGGUUGAUCGGAAAUAUCUUGAGGUGUUGGCGGGGUUGCUUGCUGAGUGCUGUGAUUGGUAGAUGGUAUAUGGUAUACGGUGUUGUUGGGGCUGGGGUUGGGGUUGGGGUAUAUAGAUGUGAGG